CUUUCGGCCCCCGUCCUUCGUCCUGUUCCCCACGUGAUUGAAAUCAGCUGACUGUAUUAGCAAGAACAGUAAAGAUGGAGCAACGGCUGGACGAAGAGGACUCGGCUACCGAUGUGAGCAGAGACAGCGGUAAUGUUUCACAAAGUGAGAGCAGCGGAUCAGUAAUUAGUGAAGGGCUGAGCAGCGGCAACAUCUCCCAGAGUCACAGCUUCAGUGCGGCAGUCCCGCAGGAGGACGGGGAUCCGGAGAGACUGCUGGAACGUACUGCAAAAAGCUACUCUUCAUACCUCAAAGCCAACGUAGCAGAGGAGGUUGAAAGUCUAGAGAAGAGUCUGGAGGAAAUGCUUACCAGAGUGGACGAGUUUGUUGGAAUGCUUGACAUGAUUCGAAAUGAUACCACUCAGGUUGUGAACGACAGUCUACCUCAAAUUCACAGGAAGUCUGAAGAAAUGAGAAAGAUAUAUAAAAAAAUUGAUAAGCUGGAUGCCUUUGUUAAAAUGGUUGGUCAUAACGUGACUGUGAUGGAGGAACAGGUAACACAAGCAGAAUCUGACCUUGCAACAUUUCCCAGUGCCUUCAAAAAGAUCUUUCGCACCAUUACUGUCCCAGCGUUUCUUAAUAAAACAACCACUCCAAGGAGACAGCAGGAGCCUCCCCCAGUGUUCAGGACAGAGGAUUACUUUUCUCCACACUCAGGACAGUAAGGAUGGAUCUGAGACCAGCAGAGUGUGUUUCUUCCACGAGAUGAUUUAUCAUCCUCUCCAGCCAAAGGCACUGAAUAUACUGGACUCAAGACAUAUCCAUUUGGAAGACUGGUGUUUCUUUCAAAGGUAUUGAGUUUUGGGGGUAUCAUCAGCACUUAAGAAAAAUGGAGCUUAACAGAGUUAUACAAGAAGUGCAUUUAUUUUAUAUAUAUAUAUAUAUAUAUGCUCCAAAGUAGCGCUUGAGGACUUGGACCUCCUACUGCACAUAAUCACGUUUUCAGUUUAAAUGCUACUAGUAGACAGUAGAUGUUUUUUGAUACUAUACUGGAAGCUUUUAAUUAUUCUAAUGCUACAGUGUGUAACUAGUAUUUAACUGCAUUGUCACUGAAAAAGGCAAUUUCAAAAUGCAUCCUUUUUAAAUGAAACACCAAGAGGGAUCAAAUAUAAAUAGUAAAUAUAUAAACUAGUCUAUCUACAAACCACAACAAAAAUGCGUGUGACCUUUUUGGCUAAAAUUGUUUUUAUUAUUUGUCGGCAGUACAUACACAUAAGGCUGGAACUUUUCAGUGUUUAUUUUUGACAAGUGCCCAAAGAUGAACAUAUUUGUUUUAAACCAUCUCUGGUUCUCAAACUUGUUGCAAAAUGAACAGGUUUAAUGAUGUUUCAUCGAGCAACCCAUGUUGACUUAAAAGAAGUGUGUUCUCUUAAAGGCGAGUGAUUUAUUUAGGUAUUUUGGGCACUCGUCAAUAAUAUACAUAAGAGCAAUGGCACUACAUUUUGGGGUCUCUUGUUGUUAUGUUACUUAUUUAAAUUCCAGAUGAAGCUGCCGUAACAUGUGCUGUCCCUUAAAAAUGUGAACCAAGACUUUAAAAUCAAAACUGUUAUGCUGAACAUCUUUUGGUUCUUUGGUAGCUUUUUUCAGGAUUUUUGUAUUUUUUAUAUUUUUAUUUUGGGUAACCCAUUAACUUCCAGUGCUGUAGGGGAAUUUCUAAGUUAAACAAACUGAGAAAAUCUGAUGCAAUAGCAACAUUUCAUGUACUGUUUUAUUACUGGAAAGCGCUAGUAAAAUUAGAUAUGCAGCACAACAAAUUAAGCAGUAAUAAUGUUACUGAAAUAUGUUUUACAAAUGUUAUGCAAAACUAAUUGAUUGGGGUUUAUGCCAAUUAAUUGACACACAGAGCUUUAUAGAUCAGGUCUUACUACCAUGUCAAAUACUGUGUUCUUUUUUAAAUUGUUUAUGUAUUAAAUAGAUUGUUAUGACUAUUGCAUGAUUUCAUCAAUUGAAGUGGCAGUCUUAAAUACAAAUUUAUUAUGGAAUAUUUUGGUGGUACAAAAAUGGCUCUGGAUUAUGUGGACUGUUAGUAACUGUUACCGUGAAUACAUCUGUGACUUCAGAAAUGUGCAAGGUUUUCUUGGUUUCUGUACUUGGUAACAAUAAAUUAUGGCGAAAAAAAGUUGUUCAUAUUGUGCCUUGCAUGCAUGCACUAGCUUCAAAAUAUAUAAUAUAUGAAACCCAACCUUUGCAGCUAUAAACAAGAGAAACAGGCUUGGAAACUGAACUUCUUCCCUCACCUCCAGUUAAAGGUAUUAAAAUGCUGUUUUUGCCACAUUCUCAAUCCGUCAAAUGCAAUAUUUGUUUUGUUUCUGUAUAUAAUAUAUUUUUGGUUAUGUAUUUUUUUAACUAGUUGUCGGUAAGCAAUACAACAAAUUAAAAAGGUAGAUAAUAAAAAGAAAAAGAAAAAAAAAAAA